GCAGAGUUGCAACCACCACGUCCUCUUUUCUACUUGCACUCCACGCGCCGGACCCAAUCCGCCUGAUUUAAUCCGCCAUUUUGUCGAGGCUACCACAAUGGCAGACACGAACAAUUUCCCGUCUGGUAAGAUCAUCGUGCACCACCUGAACAACUCGCGUUCUCAGCGCAUACUGUGGCUCCUGGAAGAACUUGGGGUGCCAUACGAGAUCAAGAAAUACCAGCGUACCCCUGGGUUACUGGCUCCGGAGGAGCUAGAGGCGGUGAAUCCUAUCGGAACAGCACCCGUCAUCACCGACGGUUCUGUCAAUCUAGCAGAGAGCGGUGCUAUUGUUGAGUAUAUCAUUCGCAAAUAUGGCAACGGCAGGGCGCGGCCUCCCGCGAGUGGAGAAGUCGAUGACUUAUAUUACACGCACGCCUCCGAGGGCUCUCUCAUGCCACUGUUUGUGAACAGCUACAUUACGCACAUCAUUACGGAGCGAACACCUUGGCUGAUCCGACCCAUCGUCGGCUUUCUUAUGGCCAAGUUGCGAGCCAAGGCCCUUGAACCGCGUUUACGCACACAUGCGCAAAUGAUUGAACAGCGCCUCACGGAAGUUGACGGAGGAUGGAUUGCGGGGGGAGAGCAACCGACGGCCGCAGAUUACAUGAUGAUCUUCCCGCUGGAAGGCAUGUCCAUGCUGUGUCCAGAAUUUCUGGGAAUCAACACUCAGAGAUACCUCCGUCGCAUCCACGAGCGACCGGCGUAUCGACGGGGACUUGAACUGGGAGGGAAGUAUGACUACGCUCCCUGAUCUUCGUACUGGUGCCGUUUCGUCCGUGAAGUCUGUGUACGGCAUUGGGUUUCAGGCCCAUUCUUGCCCUUUCCCAUCGACCAUUGCAUCUUGUCAGUUUCGGCCUCCCCUUUGGGCAACUAAGCAGCGAUGUAUUUCUCGAGUCGAAUGUUACGGAUGAAACCUUUGUAACAUAAGCCUUGCGGGACUUGGAACCCACCGAGUGCAGUGAUUCGCUGUCGACAGAGGCAAUACACUGCAAGGCGUCUUCAUUUCGAUGCACAGAGGCAGGGUAGGAAGCGGUGUGCUGUCGGUCUCAGGUUGCGUCGCCGAACAGCCCCGUUAACACCUAUGAAACCUGAAUCAGCAUAGGGAUGCUGUCAAUGUAAGGUGUCAGGACGGAUCUCGGCGAGCUCUAAUGGAC